CUCACACUUACCACUUCCUCCCCCAUCCACCUACAACUCCCAAUCCACACAACACCAAGCACAACAUCAACCAGCUGGACACCCAGCCCCCUUUCACAAAAUGGGUGGCGACCUCAACUUAAAGAAAUCAUGGCACCCCUCCCUCCUCCGCAACCAAGAGCGCGUAUGGGCCGAAGAAAAACGCGCGCUCGAGGAGCGCAAACGAAUCGACCAACUCCGCCGCGAGCGCGACGAAGAGCGACAAAUCCAAGAACUUCAACGGUUACAAGAAGGGACCGGAAAACCGAAGCAGAUCCAGCGCGUGGACUGGAUGUAUCAGGAACCUGGGUCCGGAGGGGCAGCUGGGGGUAUGUACGCGGAGGAAAUGGAGGGGUAUCUGUUGGGGAAGAGACGGAUUGAUGGGAUUUUGUUGAAGAAGGAGGGGGGCGAGACGGAGGGGUUGAAGAAGGGGGCGGAGUUUAAUGCGUCGCUUGGUGGUGGGAGUGCAGUGCAGCAGCCGGUGGUAAAUUCGAGGGAUACGAUGGCCAAGGUGUUGGCUGAUCCGCUUUUGGAGAUUAGGAAGAGGGAGCAGGCGGCGUUGGAGGGGAUGGUUAGGGAGGAGGUUAGGAAGGGGGGGAGUUCUUCGAAAGGGGGGGAGAAGAGGGAUAGGGAUGGGCAUAGGGAGAGGAGGAGGGAGAGGGAGAGGGAGAGGGAGAGGAGGCAUAGGUCGAGGUCGCCGGAGAGGAGGCGGAGAGAUGAUCGUGAUCGUGAUGAUAGGGAUAAGGAGAGGAGGAGCGAGAGGGAUUAUAGGAGGGAUAGAGAAAGGGACAGUGAUCGGGACUAUCACCGCUCGAGCAGACAUCGGGAGCAUCGUGAUCGUGAUCGUGAUCGUGAAGAUCGAUAUGACCGGCGAGAUCGAUCCCCUGCGGAUCGCCACCAGUCUGACAGACGGCGCAGCGACGAUCGGAGAGAAAGCGAUGGAUACAGAGAUUCUCGGGACAGGGACCGUGAGCGUGAUCGCAGAGACCGAGACCGCGACCGCGACCGACCCAGUCGCUACCACCAAGACAAGAGAGACUACCGUCCCCGAGACAGAGAUACAUCCAGCCGCGACAAGCCCAACGCUGAAGAAGCCGAGCAGAAGCGCAAGCAGCAAGAGGAAGAACGGCAACGCAAACUAGCAGAGAUGCAAGCGAACGCGAGCGAGAUGGAGGAUGCUCGGCGACAGCGCAUUGCGGAGGUCACUGCUAUUGAAGCGAAGCAGCAUGAAGAAGAUGAGAAGCAUCGCUCGGAGAAGGGUCGCUUUGUGUCGGGGCUGCAUAAACAGCUUCAGGAGGAUAGUCUGGAUGAGCGGAUUAAGCGCAGUCGGGGUGGGUUGGCUCGCUUGGAUGAGGAUUAAUCGUUAUCAUCAUUACAGUUAAAUCUUCAUGAAUGUUGUUGGGUUCGUAUGAUGAUCAUGGGAUGGAUGAAUGGUGUGCUGUGCUCUGGAAGCACGAUAUAGAUGCAGUCAUUCUCCUUUCUCAUCAUGCCUAUGCUCAACAUGCUAUCGAUGUAUCAUACAUAUACCAAGAUUUUAUGUUACCAUUCAUAACUCUGACAAAUGCAUAUUUACCU